CGUUCUGGGCCUUAGGUAGCAAGGUUGACGCCUAAGCAUUUGUCGACUCCCGACUUUCUUGGUCUCGUUAGGCGUGUACCCAGACGCCGUUAGGACGCGGCUUCUGAGCACAAGCAGCGUCAAUCACGGCGGUCUGGGAUUGGGCUCCGCAAGAACGGCGCCAGCGGCGCGAAGGGCGCUCACUGGCAUCACGCCACUCGGCGCUCGCUGUAAGCGCUGCAGGCGUCAGCAACCUGACCAAUCACGCCAGGAGGUGCAAGCAAGGGCAAGAAAGUUUCGUGAACUUGGAAGGCGAUGGGGGGCGCUGCCUCUAAACAGGCGGUCAACCAGCGGCUUACCACCGGCGGCGGCGGGUUAGAGGGUGCCGAGGAUGACGCAGGCCGCAGCGCUGCCGACGGCGUGGUGUAUCAGCACCCAAAGAUCAGCCUGCGCUCCGCCAAGUCCGCUGACACCAGCUCUUUAAGGCAGGACGCCGGCGCCGCGCAAGGCACCACUGGCGCCAAUAGCAGCCGAGCCAAAGCCAGCAGCCACAAAAGCUUUGGUGCCGUGGGAGGCAGCGACAGCGGCGCCACCGGUGCCGGCGGUGGCGGUGCCGGUGGUGGCGGUGCCGGCGGUGGCACUAUCGCGAGCCGGUUCUUCCGCGCGGCCGCCGCUGCCGAGGGCAGCAGCGCCGCGGGCAGCAAGCGAAGCGGAGUCAAGGGGGCCACGGACCGGCGCAUCUGCGAGAGCGGCCCGUCUGUCUCCACAGACAACAAGAGCCGUUCGGCGGCACGGUCCGCAUUCAAAGCCCACGGUCGCUCUUUUCGCAGCGGCAAAGCGGGCGCGCGGAGCAGCAAGGCGACGGGCGGGAUGAGCGCGAAGGGCGGGAUGAGUAUGGGCCGCGCGGCGGCAGCGGCACUCGCGGCUGUGGCGGCAGCAGCGGCGGCGGAGGACGAGGACGAGGCUGAGGAGGCCGCCGACCCGGAUCUCGAUUUGGAGCCAGAGUUGGAAGAGUGUGACGUCAGGUUCCCAGCAAUCGCCGCCUCUCCCACUUCGGUGAUCGUCGCCGCCUCCCUGUCCUCGCCCAAGCCGGCGGCGGCAACGCAGGGAGGCGCGGUGCAAAACAGCCUCAACAGCCCCAUCCCCAACUCCCUGCCGCCAGCCGCCGCGUUGGCCGCUACCAGCGACAGCAGCAACCGCAGCAGUGGCAGUGGCAGCGGCAGCUCCGCCCUUGGUAACGCCGCGUCGUGCCCCAUGCCUCUGCCGGCUCGCGCCAGCGGCGGCAUCGCUGCGCCGCCCGCAGCCCUGGUGUUGCCACAGGUCGCUGGGGCGCCCUCCAACCGCCCAAGCCACUGCGACAGCCCCGCCGCGGUGGCGUCACCGCGCACAGGCGGCGGCGGCGGCGGCGCACUGCCCUCCCCAACCCGCAACGGCGCCUCCGCCUUCGCGUCGCCGUCGAUGCGGUCACCCAUCCACCCUGCCUCGGGCGCCGGUGCUGGUGCCGGCGGUGACGCCGGCGCCACUGCAGCAGCUGCUGCUGACGUCGGCCAUGGCGAUCUGGAAGAUGACGGAAUCCCGUGUAUGGACUAUGAGGCCGAGCUGAUGGCGCUCGUGACCGGCACGCCGCCGCCGCAAAUGACGUCGCCGUUCUCCGGAGCCGCGGCGGCGGCGCCGCUGGGCCGCAGCAGCACCAACGGCAACGGCAGCCUGGGGCCGGCGGCAGCAGAUGCGCGCCUACUGCCCACCGCCACUGGCUCCCACCGCCUGUCCUCGCCGGCGCUGCUGCCGGCGGCGGCCAGCCUGGACGGCGGCGGCGGCAGCCGCAGCGCCGUGUACGGCGCCGCCGGCGGCGCCUCCAGCAAGGCCCGGCGCAGCAGCAUGCUGGCAGCUGCCAGCGGCGUUAGCGCGUCGGUUAUCGCGGGCAGAACCAGCGUGACGGGCAUGCCGAGCUACCGCGGCAGUGAGAACGGCGGCGGCUCCGGCGGCGGCGCUGGCGGUGGCUCUGUCGCCGGCGCGGCGACUAGCGUUAGCGCUGGCUUGCCGCAGCUUGCAGUCAGCGGCAGCUUCCGUGCCAGCUCCAGCGGCGUCUCCAAUGCCCUGGCGGCUGGGGCUGUGACCUACCGCGGCAGCGACAACGGCUCGAGCCGGCUGCCGACCGCAGGCAGCGGCAGCGGGGGCGUGCCUGCUGGCGGCAUGUCCUUCCGUGGCAGCGACAAUGGCAGUGGCAGCGGAGGCGCCGGCGGCGGCUCGAGUCGGCUGCAGCUGCCAGGCCGGGGCAGUGAGAAGGGCGCCCCGGGCUCUGGGACGGGUUUUGUGGGCAGUGGGCUGGGUGGCGGCGGCGGCGGCAGCCUGAGUCGGCUGGCGCUCAGUGGCGGCGGCGGGCUGGGUGCAGAUGUGGACUACUACACCACCGCAGUCAACAGCCCCACGGGUCGCAGCACAGCCGGCCAGCGCCUCACACUUGUCCCAACGGCCGACGGCCCCAGCGGCCGCGCCAGCGGCAACGGCGGCGGCGGCGGCGGCGGCUACGACAACGGCGGCAGCCGCAGCCUGCGAGUCAGUUCCGUCAACAGCGGCCUCCCCGCCAGCGGCUGUCCCAGCCCUAGCUUCCGAGGCUCCAUUUCGGGGGCAGGAACAGCAGGAGCGGCAGGGCCCAUGGCGCUAUCUCCGUCACCGCCGCCGCUGCUGCUACCUUCCGUCUCGCAGUCGCUGGCGGCGGCGCCGCCGCCGUCGGCCCUGGCGGUGGCGGCGGCCACCAUCAAAGGCGAGUCACCGCUGGCGGCGGCCCUGAGUAAUGUGGACGAGGCGGCGGCGCUCAUUGGCGCGCGGCUACAGCGGCUGCAGCACCAGGCAACGCUGCGGCAGUAGCGGCAGUAGCAUUGGAUUGGCGGCUUGUUGGCUGCGCCGUGCACCUGGCGUCGGGCCGCUGUAAUGCGGCCUGUCUUCAUGGCUUGCUGCGAUGAUGCAUAGCCGUGGUUGACGGCGAAGCGUGCGGUGUGGAGGUGGUGAACUGGCGAUGUGGGACCGAGAAUGCAAAGUAAAGUAUGAACGUGGAUUGGCUCGUAUAACUCUAGCGUCCUUCAUGCUCUGAAGAAUUGAUGUCUGAAGCCAUGUUGUCAUGGCGUUUGGUGAUGUUGUGUUGUAUGUGCAGUAAACUUACCCGGUGGUCCUGCUGCUCGUAAACCUGAAGCCGGCUGACGGCCACUUGCCCUUGCCUCACGUUAGCCGCGCCGCGCUCCUGUAGACAGUGCACAUGCCUUUGGCUGGCUGCGAAUGAGCCUGAAACUUGGAGGAGCAAUAUGCGCGGUGCCUGCUCGCUCAUUGGAUUUGCUGCCUUUGGCUGCCUUGUGCUAUGGAAAGCCGUGAACACGCAUCAACACACGAUUCAACUCAGCACUUCUGCUUACAUGUGACUCGUGACCAUACCGGUAUUGUACGUUUUAAAUUCCGGGCGUGCCGUUGACUUGGCGCAGCCUUGUAGGGUUCUCUACAACUUAUGGGGCGGGGCUUGACUAAACGUCCUUAGACCUUGAUGUGGGUUGUGGACAUAAACACCAGGCUGUGGGUGAGUGGGUGGUGACGGGUUGGUGGACACGUGCGCUCAUGACACUAACCCCGAGCCCACGUGCUGCUGUGCUCGGAAAGAGUGCAGUGCUGGUGGGUGUGACGCAAAUCGACUUGUUGACCGUACUGCAAACGUGUGGAUGGGGAGCGCUUCUGCCAGCGCCGCUGCAACAUGCGGCCUGGCUGAGAGUGAAGGCUACAAGGGACCAAUGCUUGGAAAACUGUGGCGGGUUGUGGUUGCCGGAGCCUGUCAGGUGCUUCCGAUGUCGCUUACUUGCUGGGCUGCAAUCAAGUCUACUUGCUGCAAGCGCCGAGGUAGGGCUGCCGGAGGCGUGACAUGGGCUGUCACGCCCCGUGCACCGGCUGUGGCCAGUUGGUGCUUGGGGGCUCGGCUGCUGCCGUAUUCAUAAUGCAUAAUGCAGGGUAGGAGUGGGGCAUGUUGGAUCAAGCGAUGCCGGUUGGUUGGAAUGUUGUAACCGGCCGGCGCAGGGGCCGGCGUGUUGUUGUUACGUUACACAGUUGGAGUGUGCGUCCCUUUCUAUAGUAACGGGAUUAAGGCAGCACAGGCCCAUCGCCUCCGGCAUCGGCUCUGGGAAGAGUUCUCUUUUCUUUUUAACAACGCGAAGGCU